AUGGAUAAUUGUAUAUUUAAAUGUGUACCAAAAGAUAAGUGGAUUAUAAAUUUAUCUGAAAGAUAUAUCCCUAAUCAUGUUUUGCAUAUUGCACGCUUGGGAAAAAAAUUUGGAGUGCCAUAUAUGAAGACCAAUGAAAUCCCAUUGGCUCAAAUCAUUGCUGCUAUCGAAUUGGAAGUAACAAAUAUGGAAGAAGAGGAAAAAAUCAAAACAAGAUCUAGUUACAUGCAUGCAAUAAAUAAUUACUUACAAAAAAGGAGACAAUUGGAUGAUAAUGUACUCAGAUAUAAGCUCAGAGUAGCUAAAAGGUUUAUGAAAAAAAAUAAAGACAUAAUUUUUCUGAAAGCUGACAAAGGUAACACGACAGUAAUAGUAACAAAAAAUUUUUACCUUGAUAAAAUGAUGAGUAAUCUAAAAGAUGAAAAGACAUACAAAAUUUUAAAGUACAAUCCAACAAAAAUACUCAAAUAUGAAGUUUAUCAAUUACUCAAAAAUUGGAAUGAGGAUGCUUUCAUUGACGAAGCCACAAAGCAUCAUCUCUCCGGAAUGAAUGGAAGUAUUGCACGUGCUUAUGGCUUACCAAAAAUUCACAAACCAGACAUACCAUUCAGAAUAAUAGUAUCUUUUAUCAACUCACCGACAUACAGACUGGCUAAAUAUUUACAACAAAUAUUAAAUAGAAGUUUAAAUCUUGAAUUCAAUCAACCACGUGGCUCAAAAAUAUUUAUCAAAAACAGUAGAUCACUCAUGGAGAAUAUUCGUCAAUUGCAACUUCCAGAAGAAUUUGUAAUGAUUUCAAUGGAUGUCGUAUCUUUAUUUACAAACAUUCCAUUAAAAUUGGUGGUAAAAGGUAUCGAAAGCCGAUGGAAUAUAAUUAAACAUCAUACAGGAAUUCCAAUGAAACAGUUUAUAGAGGCAAUUAAAUUAUGCUUCAACUCAUCAGCAUUUGUAUUCAAUGGAGAAUUCUAUCAACAAGUUUAUGGAGCUGCUAUGGGUUCACCUCUUUCACCAAUAGUUGCAGAGAUAGUAAUGCAAGAUUUAGAAAAUUUUUGUUUGAGCGAACUGGACUUUCCAGUUUAUUUUUAUACAAGAUACGUUGAUGAUAUCUUAGUAUUUCUUCCGCCAAAUGAAGUUGAAAAGAUUCUUGAUAUAUUUAAUAAGUAUCAUGAUCGGUUGAAAUUUACAAUAGAAAGAGAAGUGGACAAGAAGAUCAAUUUCUUGGAAUUGACUUUAAUUAGAUCUUCAAAUAAAAUUGAAUUUGACUGGUAUCAGAAACCUACAGCUACAGGACGAUAUUUAAACUACUAUUCUCAUCAUCCAAAGUACCAAAAACUUGGUAUCAUCAAACUUUUAAUUGACAAAGCAGUGCUGUUAUGUGAUCCACGAUUUCGAAAUAAAAACCUAGGAAUUAUUCGAGAAUCAUUGUUCAACAAUGGAUAUCCAAAAAACAUGGCUACUGGAUCAUUGGUAUUGAAACUGUUUGCUAAAAAAAUCAAAGUCAAAAGUGAAAUUAAGGAAGGUGACUCACUUCCUCAUCAUUAA